AAAAUGAGCCUCUGUUUAUUUACAAACAUAUUGCGCGAGAAGCGGUUCUCCAUCGCACCGAUUCGACUGAAAUCUGAUUGAACAAAGUUAAUUUGAAUUUCCAUUUCCAUAUUCUGUUCAUAUUUAAGUAGAAUGUUACCGUUAUCCCUCCUUAAAACGGCCCAGAGUCAUCCUAUGUUGGUGGAGCUCAAAAAUGGCGAGACCUACAACGGCCACUUGGUAAGCUGCGACACCUGGAUGAACAUCAAUCUUCGUGAGGUCAUCUGCACAUCAAAGGAUGGCGAUAAAUUUUGGCGAAUGCCCGAGUGUUACAUCCGCGGCAGCACGAUCAAGUAUCUGCGCAUUCCGGACGAGGUGAUCGACAUGGUGAAGGAGGACGUGCAGGCCAAGUCGCGGAAUCGAACCGAACUGAACAAGGGAGGUGGUCGCGGUCAGGGCGGCGGUGGUCAACAGGGUGGCCGCGGCGGUGGCGGCCCAGGUGGAGCCGGAGGGGGACGCAAUAAUGCCAACGCCAACAAUAGGAACACCUUCGGCAAUCGUGCGGCCAAUCGGUCCGGGCUUGGAAAUCCAAAUCGGAACGCUCUCAACAAGAAGCAAUAGUCACCACCGUACCAUUGAAUGCCUGUUAAUAUAUUUGAAGUGUGAAAAAGAAAAGCGAAGCGUUUCGAACGAAGAACGUUUUCAGAGAAAACAUGAAUAAAAAAGUAAUGCUUUUGUGUGCUCGCUGGUGGACGCGCUCCACGUUGGGAAAAGAAA